AAGGAGCGAGAUUUCUGAGAGCUCAGUCAUGGAGACACAGUACAGAAAUUGCCCUCUGCACCAUCUCUGUGCCAACCAUCAAAUACUAAUCCUAUUUACCAGCAUUUGUUCCAAAGUCUGCUAUCCCUUGUGAUUCAAGUCCUCAUCCAGAUACUUCUUAAAUAUUGUGAGAAUAUUUACCCCCUUGUGUUUAAGAAGGAGCUGAAGAUGCUGGAAAAUCGAUGGUAGACCAAAGUGCUGGAGAAACUCAGCGGGUGCAGCAGCAUCUAUGGAGCGAAGGAAAUAGGCAACAUUUCGGGCCGAAACCCUUCUUCAGACUUGUUCCUGGUUCAGUUUGCUGUGAAUUGAACAGAAUUUGGCUGUAGACAUGCACUGAGAGCACCUCUGCUGCACAAGAACAAAGAUUUGCCAAAUAUUUUGCAUGGACUUUGCCCCUGUGGGAAGUUGAAUCAAUAAGCAAGUUUCUAAUUGGCUGUAAGUAUAGGUACGUUGCUAGAAUCUGCUUAACUGUGUGGCAACAGAGCUAAGCAAAGUUCAGUAGCUCAUUGAGUUACUGUCGUUUACCAUGUCGCUCUUUUCUCCCCUUACUCCUUUCAUUCUUGCUGUGGUUUGCAUUUGUGUUGUUGCUUGGUGGAGGAAUAAGGGCAGAGUGAAGAGACAAAAGAACAUUGCAUUUGAAAAGAGAACCAGAUCCAAACGCUGGGAGAAUGAAGAUCUGCAAGAUGAGGCACAACUCAGCUUGGAAGAGAAUGACGAAUGUCUAGAGCCAGAAGUUGAAAUCCAUCACAUUCCAUAUUCGAUGAAGCAUUUUCAAAAGGAAGAAAUGAUUCACAGAGCCAAUGAGUUCUACCAUCUGAUGAAUGGGAGGAGGAGUGUGCGCUUCUUUAGCAAGGAAAUGGUACCAUUGGAGGUGAUUGAGAGCAUCAUUAGGACAGCAGGGACUGCUCCAAGCGGGGCACACACAGAACCCUGGACCUUCGUAGUCAUACAAGACCAGGAAAUGAAGCAUCAAAUUCGAGAAAUAAUUGAGGAGGAGGAAGAAAUUAACUAUCUGAAGAGAAUGGGUCAGAAUUGGGUCACUGACUUACAAAGAUUGAGGACAAACUGGAUUAAAGAGUAUCUGGAUACUGCACCUUAUCUCAUCUUGAUAUUUAAACAAAUUUAUGGAAUCCUCUCUACGGGCAGGAAGACCCAUUAUUACAAUGAGAUCAGUGUUUCAAUUUCCUGUGGAAUUCUCCUAGCGGCUCUGCAGAAUGCUGGCCUAGUGACAGUCACCUCGACUCCUCUGAACUGUGGCCCUCGUGUGCGUGAAAUCCUUAAACGCCCUGUGAAUGAGAAGCUGCUACUGUUGCUGCCGGUUGGGUACCCGGCAAAAUAUGCCACUGUGCCAGACUUAAAACGCAAGUCAUUGGAUGAAAUUAUGGUGUAUGUGUAAAUUUUUGAAAAUAACCCAAUGUCCAUUGGUUAGUGAUUGCCGAAAUACCUAUCCUACAGCUGGCAAUCUGGCACAAACCUUACAUUGGAAUAAAGCACACUUUGCUCAAUUUUGGGAUUCUAGCACAGUUUGGGGAUCCCCCAUAUUAGAAAACUUGGUUUAUAGUGCAAAAACGAAAUAUUGGGAAAAUAAGUCCCAUAUUUGGGAAUCUAGUAUAUAUCCAGUUCCCAAUAUUUGGAAUGCCAAAAUAGCAUUAUAUUCACAAAAUUUUAAUAUAGGGAACACAACAGACUACAGCACAAUCCUUAAAACAGUAUUGUUUUAAAUAAUUAAGUAAUUAAUUGAAUUAGAAGUUAAAAGAGUUCAAAUUGACCACGUAGAUGCUACUAACAUAACUAGUUAAACUUUAAAACAGUCUGCUGGGACAGCUCAGAGACAUUGUCUACUAUAUCUAACUUGCUUGCAUAUUUAAGGGCAUUCUUCAUGUCCAGAAUUACUAUCUGCAAGAAGUCCCUCCGAUUGCUCAGACUCAAGAUUGGAGAAAUGUGGAAUUGCAUCUUAUCAAUAUUGCGAUCAGUGUCCUUGAGUAAAGCUAGAGUAGUGGUGUAGAGACGAGCUUAAAUUAAUUUGGUAGGUAAAUAAGCAACACGAUAACAUCUAAAAAAAGAAAAUCAUAGUUUGGAAACGGUCAGGAGAGAUAAAUAGCUUGAAUAAAAAAUAGGUCCAAGGAAUUAACUAUGAGCGAGUCCAAAGUGGCUGUGCCUAAUUGUACGUGGCAUGUUACAUCCGUGCCAAGUUCCAGUCACAAAUGUGAUGCCAAUAACAAGAAUCAAAGGGAAGGAGUGCAAAUUAUAUUACUGGCCACAAGAUAUUCAGGGAAGAAUAAAUCAGAAGUUUUUGUAGCAUGGAAAAGAUCAAUCAAACAAAAUGUUUGUUGGAAUUAAAUAACAUAUUUAAGGGGUUAUUAUUCCAUCUAGUAUAAAUCACAGAUAUCAAAUAAUGGGAAGGUAAAAGAGAAGCAAUUUUGCAGGACUUUUAAAAUUAUCUAAUAGAAAGAGGGUUAAGUUCAGUGAGUUAGAAAAGACCUGGGAGGAUUGGAAUCAAAUAUUGGUGGGUAAAACCAUAAUUGAGCAAUAGAAGGCCUUCGGUGGAGAUGUCUAGUUCUGCAUUCUUGGAAGGAAGGAAGGAAGGGCAUCCAGAACCCGAGCUCUCUGGGUCACUAACGAUAAAUGGAAAUCAAGAAAGAAGGUUCACAUAAAGCUCAUAAGACACUAAAGCUGAAUAUAAAGAUUAGAGAGGCUAUUAAAAUGGAAAGCGGUAUAGAGAAAGAGUAUUAGAGGAGUUUUAGUGGGUAGCAGGAAAGAGAACUAAACAGCCUUAUCUAAACACAUGAAUUUAUAGAUGGUACUUAAAAAUGGAACUGAUUAGGGAAGCAGAGGAAGAUAUUUGGUGUAGUAAGGAUUACUACAGAGGUACCAAAUGAAUAUCUUACUGUGUGCUUCUUUAGAUAAAAGGAUGUUUUUAACUAUCAACAAAAUAGAGAGAGAUUUACUAGAAUGUUGCCUGGGUUUCAGCAACUAAGUUACAGAGAAAGGUUGAACAAGUUAGGUCUUUAUUCUCUGGAGCGCUGAAGGUUAAGGGGGAACUUGAUAGAGGUCUUUAAAAUGAUGAGAGGGAUAGACAGAGUUGACGUGGACAAGCUUUUCCCUUUGAGAGUAGGGAAGAUUCAAACAAGAGGACAUGACUUCAGAAUUAAGGGACAGAAGUUUUGGGGUAACAUGAAGGGGAACUUCUUUACUCAGAGAGUGGUAGCGGUGUGGAAUGAGCUUCCAGUGGAAGUGGUGGAGGAAGGUUUGAUUUUAUCAUUUAAAAAUAAAUUGGAUAGGUAUAUGGAUGAGAAAGGAAUGGAGGGUUAUGGUCUGAGUGCAGGCAGAUGGGACUAGGGGAAAAUAAUUGUUCGGCACGGACUUGUAGGGCCGAGAUGGCAUGUUUCCGUGCUGUAAUUGUUAUAUGGUUAUAUGGUUAAUGUGAUAGGAAAUUUGGAGGCAAUAGUGAUAGUGUGUACUGUAAAAAUAAAAUGCAAGUACUUAAAAGAAUACUGGUCCAUAUACAGUAAGUAGAAAUAAUACUAUUUGGAUCGUGACCCUUAAUUUGUGGGUAAAUUAAAGAUAAAAAUUGGCCACGGUUACAAACUUCCACCUCCUCAGAAGUGGAUGUGAUGCCAGAACAUAUGUGUACUGCAAAUAUCACAUACAAAUUUAAGGAAGGGGAAUAACAAUAGAGUGUUCAGAAACCCUUUAGAGUCCGUAAUAUGGGAGAAAAUGAUUUGUCAUUUUGAAAGGUAUGACAUAAACAAAGGCUGGUGUAGAUUUAUUAAUGGCAAUGGCAUUUUUGACUAAAUUGAUUCAGUUCUUCGAUGAAGCAAUGGGGACGGUUGAUGAGAUUAACACAGCUGAUAUUUUAUUUAUGGACAAGGCGUCGGACAUGUCGCAAAACUGAAACUUGUAAGAUUAAAAAGAUGUAGAGGUAUGGAUAUGCAACAGGUCAAGAGAUGGAAUGCCAAGAGUAGGUGAAUAAUCAAAACACAGAUGGCGCAAUGGUAGAGUUGCUGCCUUGCAGCGUUAUAGCAAAGAUUUGAAGGCUUUGGAGUGGGUAUAGUAGAGACUUACCAGAAAUGUAACCUGGAUUGGAGAGUAUUAGCUGUAAGGAGAGGUUGAUCAGAUUUGGAUUAUUUUCUUGGAAUGCCAGAGGUUGAUGGGGAACCUGAUAGAAGUAUAUAAAAUUAUGAGAGGCAUAGAAAUGGUAGGCAGUCGGAUCCUUUUUUUUCAAGGGUGGAAAUGUCAAAGACUAGAGGGCAUAAUGUUAAAGUGAAAGGGGCAAAGUUUAAAGAUGCAGGGCAAGUUUUUUGAACACAAAAACUUGGUGGUGGAGGCAGAUACGAUAGUGGCAUUUGAGAGGCUUUUAAAUAGGUACAUGGGUAUAGAUUAAAUGAAGGCUGAUGAGAUUAGUUUAUCUUGGCAUCAUGUUCAGCAUUGACAUAGAAGCUUUAAAGUGAUUAAAGCAAAAUGGGCAAAAGAAUGUAAGAUCAUAAUACGGCGAAAUAUUAUUUGCACUUUGAUACAAGAAGGGAAAAGCUAUUUUCUUUGUUUUAGAAACGGAAAGGAUAUUAAAUAUUAGUAUUCAUAAGAAUUUUGAAGUUCCUGCAGCUGAAACACAGAGAAUGAAUAUGCAAUUAUAACAAACGGGUAUUGAAACAGCAUAUCUUUAUUGGAAAAACACUGAUGUCUCUGAUUAUAUAUUGCUCUAAUUAAAGGUGAACUUGAGUGGUACCAGAGGUAGUGGAAUAAAAUGUCACUUGAUUGAUUCCUAUGAUGAGUAUUAUAGUUAGUCCUAUAACUAAAUCGUAUGAAUAUUGUGGAUUGUAUUUACUUAUUCUACUUAUUAAAGAAUAAAGAAACUUCUUCCUUCAGAAUUUCUUAAUGUUUGUCAUUUUCUACCUCGGUGUCAUGUGGUAGGUUAGUAAAUGAAUAUAUUCUGAAUGAAAUUGGUGGCAUUUUGGGGAAAAAUGGUAUCAGGGAAUAUGUGAAUAUUGGUGUCAGGAAAUAUGUGAAUAAAGCAAGAACAUAGCUCCAAAGGUUCAUCUGAGAGUUAUUGAAUGAACAGUUAUGGGGCAUUGAGUUUGUUGGCAUUUGGAAUGUACUGCCUGAAAGAGCAAUGGGUGCUAUUUAAAUAAAACAUCCAAAAAUAAUUAAAUAAAUACUUUUGGGGAAGAGAAUCACCAACAUAUUGGGAAAGAGCAGUACAGAGUGUACAAUAGUUAUGCCAACAGUU